AUGAUGUACUCACCUGACAAGAUGAUGGGAAGUAAGGGUCUUCAUGGGACACCUAUUUCCGCGCCUGGGUGUUUUCCAUCUGGAAGAUAUUCGCCGCCGUCUUAUCGCUCGGGGCCAGAUACUAUGCCGCCUCCACCGCCGCCGAGACGAUGUAUGCCAAAUCCUGGGAGUCGGAUAUUAGAAGACGCCUCGAUAAUGUGUAAUUCUUGGUCACCGAGACACAAUGGUGACUUAUUUGGCGGUUUGAAUAGUGGACUACAAGAUGGUCUACUAUCUCGAGCAGAGGCUUUAGCUGCUGAUUUAGGAAAGCACAAUGCAGGCACGCCAAUGCCACUUAAACAUGAUCCUGUGUCUGUAUAUCAUCACGGGGCACACAUGCCUAGUCCACACCCAAACAAUCGGCCGCACCAUCAGAUGAGUCAUCCUGGAAUGGAGAGUCUGGAUAUGUUGGAUCCAGCGAAUUCAAUGACAACGCUGACACCAAUGUCUGAAGGUGGAGGAGGGGGUGGAGGUGGACCUGGCCAUCACGGUGGUAUCCAUGGACCAUCAGUAUAUGGUGGCAUGAAUGGCAUGAUGAGUCAUCAUCAUCAUGCGAACAUCGGAGGCGGCGUUCCACACUCACAUCAUCCUGCAAUGGCUGCAGCAGCAGCUGCGGCCGCGGCUGCAGGCCUUCAUCCAGAUGCCGACACAGAUCCACGUGAACUCGAAGCGUUCGCUGAAAGAUUCAAGCAGAGACGCAUCAAGUUGGGUGUUACCCAAGCGGAUGUAGGAAAAGCACUUGCUAAUCUAAAAUUACCUGGUGUCGGUGCGCUGUCACAAUCGACGAUAUGUCGUUUCGAAUCACUUACUCUAUCACACAAUAAUAUGAUUGCACUGAAGCCAAUUUUGCAAGCAUGGUUAGAGGAAGCUGAGGCGCAGGCUAAAAAUAAAAGACGUGAUCCAGAUGCGCCAUCAGUAUUACCAGCUGGUGAAAAAAAACGAAAGCGUACGAGUAUUGCUGCACCUGAAAAACGUUCACUGGAAGCGUUUUUUGCUGUCCAGCCGCGACCAUCUGGUGAAAAAAUAGCCGCGAUUGCUGAAAAACUCGAUUUGAAAAAAAAUGUCGUGAGAGUUUGGUUUUGUAAUCAACGACAAAAACAGAAACGUAUGAAAUUCGCGGCUCAACAUUGA